GCUGCCUGGGGAGGAGGCGCUGCCUUUGUUCCGCCAAGGGUUAACCCGGAUUGUGUCUGUCACCCAGUUGCCCGGAUGCUGAUGUAAGGGGAGAGCUCGAGAGAUCCCUUCAGAUUGCAGAGAGAGGGGAGGCGAAGGACCAGAGCAUCUUGGCUACAGCAGCAUCCUUCAUCCACAGCAGCAUCAGCACCACUGACAGCGGCGGCAGCAGCAGCAGCAGCAGCAGCAACAGCGGCCUUGGCUGGACCAGCUGGAUGAUGCUGGUACCUGGAUUGUAGCAUCCUUCUUCUCCUCCUUUCUCCUUUCUCCUCCUCCUCCUCCUCUCUCCCCCUCCCUUCCUGAUGCCCCCUCCCGUUCAAUCUGCCAGGAUGCCGGCCCCGGCAUUGUCCCUAUAGGGGGGAUAUCAGAGGGGCCUCUCCUCGCCUCUCCCCACCCUCCUCCCCAGUCCCCAACCCCCCAACCCCUCUUGUUUCUUCUUGUCGCUCAGAAGGGUGACAGACAAAAGCCAUGUCCGGUGGCAAAGAAGCAGGUGGGGUCCACCCCUACCAGUCUCCACAGAGCCAGCAGCACGCUCAGUAUGUGGGGCCCUACAGGCUGGAGAAGACCCUGGGCAAAGGGCAGACCGGUCUGGUGAAGCUGGGAGUGCACUGUAUCACAGGGCAGAAAGUCGCAAUUAAGAUUGUGAACCGGGAAAAGCUUUCUGAGUCAGUACUGAUGAAGGUGGAACGGGAAAUUGCCAUUCUGAAGUUGAUUGAACAUCCACAUGUGCUGAAACUCCAUGACGUCUACGAGAACAAAAAAUAUUUAUACUUGGUUUUGGAACAUGUCUCAGGAGGGGAGCUCUUUGACUACCUAGUGAAGAAGGGACGGCUCACGCCCAAAGAAGCCAGAAAGUUUUUCCGGCAAAUUGUUUCAGCAUUGGACUUCUGUCACAGCUAUUCUAUAUGCCACCGAGACUUGAAACCAGAAAAUUUAUUGCUGGAUGAGAAGAACAACAUCCGGAUUGCAGAUUUCGGCAUGGCCUCCCUGCAGGUCGGAGAUAGCCUGCUGGAAACAAGUUGUGGUUCUCCUCACUAUGCAUGUCCUGAGGUGAUCAAGGGAGAAAAGUAUGAUGGACGUCGAGCUGACAUGUGGAGUUGUGGAGUCAUCCUCUUUGCCCUACUGGUGGGGGCCCUACCCUUUGACGAUGACAACCUACGGCAGCUAUUGGAAAAAGUCAAACGUGGGAUCUUCCACAUGCCUCACUUCAUCCCGCCUGAUUGUCAGAACCUCCUGCGAGGCAUGAUCGAGGUGGAGCCUGAGAAGCGGCUCAGUCUGGAACAGAUUCAGAAACAUCCGUGGUUCUUGGGAGGUAAGAAUGAACCUGAGCCAGAGCAGCCCAUUCCUCGGAAGGUGGCAAUCCGGCGGAUCCAGUCGGUCAGCGAACUCGAUCCCGAUGUGCUUGAGAGCAUGCAUUCGCUGGGCUGCUUCCGUGACAAGAACAAGCUGAAGCAGGAGCUGCAGAACGAUGGGGAAAACCAGGAGAAAAUGAUCUACUACCUUCUGUUGGAUCGCAAAGAGCGGUAUCCCAGCUGUGAGGAUGAAGACCUGCCUCCACGCAACGAUGUUGACCCCCCACGGAAGCGAGUUGACUCGCCAAUGCUGAACCGACAUGGAAAGCGCCGACCUGAGCGGAAGUCCAUGGAAGUUUUGAGUGUCACGGAUGGUGGUUCCCCAGUCCCGGCCCGAAGGGCAAUAGAGAUGGCACAACAUAGCCAGAGGUCUCGGUCUGUGAGCGGUGCCUCUACUGGCUUAUCGUCUAGUCCCCUCAGUAGCCCCAGGGUCACCCCCCACCCCUCCCCUCGGGGAAGCCCCCUCCCCACUCCACUCGGCACCCCUGUGCACACGCCCAAAGAGAGCCCCAGCGGCACUCCCGGCGGGACACCCCCAAGCAGCCCUGGCGUGGCCGGCGUGGCCUGGAAGACCCGCCUGAACUCCAUCAAGAACAGCUUCCUUGGCUCCCCGCGCUUUCACCGCCGGAAACUGCAAGUUCCCACACCAGAGGAAAUGUCCAGUCUUACUCCAGAAUCAUCCCCUGAGUUAGCCAAGAAAUCCUGGUUUGGGAAUUUUAUCAACCUUGACAAAGAGGAACAAAUUUUUGUGGUCAUCAAAGACAAGCCCCUGAGCUCCAUCAAGGCUGAUAUUGUACAUGCCUUCCUCUCAAUCCCCAGCCUGAGUCACAGUGUUGUAUCCCAAACAAGCUUCCGGGCCGAAUAUAAGUCGUCAGGUGGCCCUUCCGUCUUCCAGAAACCUGUCAAGUUCCAAGUUGACAUCAGCUACUCCGAGGGUGGGGAGGCGCACAAGGACAGCGGGAUCUACUCUGUCACCUUCACCCUCAUCUCAGGUCCCAGCCGCCGGUUUAAGCGGGUUGUGGAAACGAUUCAGGCGCAACUGCUCAGCACACAUGACCAGCCAUCUGUACAAGCCCUCGCAGGUAAGGAUGAUGAGAAGAAUGGGCAGCAGCCCCGUUUGCCAGGCACCCCAACCCGCAGCUGCCAGCCAUCUCGGCGCUCCGAAUCUGAUGUCUCGUCCGAACACCAUCGACGUGGCUCCAAGGACAAGAAGCUUGUCUCGUCCAAUGGGACUCAAGUCCAGCAAUCCUCACCCCCGUCCCCACAGCAGCCAUGACGUAUGGGGCAGCGGGGCAGUCGAGGAGCAGCCAGGGGGGGAAGCCGCGGAAGGAAGCCCACCCCACCCCCCUGGAAGUAGCUGCACAGCUGCCCCAGAUGGACCGAAGCAGCCAAUGAACCAUGUGGAUGGGUAAAGGCCCUGCUGGAGACGCAGCGGGACGGGGCGGAGGGCGGGGAUUGGUUUGGUCUGAACAGCCCCAUCUCACCCCAGGGCCGGAGAGUUGCCAUCUUGGGAGCAGCCCGUACUGUGAACUUGUAAAUAGUUAACAACAACAACAACAACUAGAAAACAAAAACAAAUCCACAAAAAAAAAACAGAAGGGGGAAAAUAACAUAAAAUGAAAACAAAAUCAAAGAAAAAAUGGCAGACUGAAAAACAAAAAAGGAAACCGAAACGAACUGGAGGAAGAGGAAGAGGAGGAGAAACCGGGCAGGAGCCGGUGAGGGAUGGGGGAUUUAGUCUGAUUCCUUUUGGGGUUGGGGAUGUCUUCAUUCAUGCGCACCCUUUUCACAGGCUCCCUCCUGCUUUCAGUUCGGUCCUUGCCACAAGACAUCCACUUUCUCCUUAUUUUCCUUCUGUGGCCUCUAAGGCACCAACCUUUCUACAGUCUCAUGGCAGCAUCAGCUAAAAUUGCAAGACAGAGCUAGUCAGGUUUCUUGUUGUCGGAGAGGAAUGUCCUUGUUUUUCUCUUUUUUCUGUUUUGAAAAGCUAGGUUUUGUUUUCAAAACAUUUUUGCCAGUAGAGGUUAAAAUUGCAACACUUAUUUAGAGUUCUAGUAACCAUUUUGUCAAAACCAUACUUUUCAAAAUUCACCCCUAAAAUGUUACAAGAGAACCCAUACAAAUCUGAAUAGCAAGCAAAUGGAAAUCCAUGUAACUAUAUUGAAAUUAAAGUAUGUGGUAAAUACAUAAAAGCAAUCUAAUAAAAGCUGACUUUUAGCAGAUUUAAAUCACAAAGUGUGCAAAAUACACUGAAAGCCAGGAUUUUAAUGCAGCGAUAUUAAAAGCGAUCCAGGGCAGAUUUUGUAAAGUGGCAAACAGUUUGCCCAAGAAUAACUGAAAACAUAACAAGAGGAAAAAAUGAGUUUGCAAAGCAGUUCCAAAACAACUUGUUGCCCAUUGCCAUGCAAAAAAGUGUUGGUUCUGGAUAGUUGGGUGCAAUGUUUACACAAGACUUGAGCCGUUUAUUCAAUUGGCCUACUCUGAUUGCAACUAGCAACUGGAUUUCAACUUGAAAGCACAGGAUAGAUAUAAGAAAGUAUUUACAAUACCUAGCUAAACUUUUGAAUUGUGUGUCCUGAGAUAUGAUAUCUCCUCCUACUCAGGUGGCUUAAAAAUCCAUUGAACAGAAUAAUGGAGAAUAGGAAUCAGUGACUAUUAAAUAUUCCCUCUAGCACUCUUGUGUAUUAGUGGCUGGGGAAUAUUAAUGCGAGGAUGCUGUUGUACUCAGGUCCAGUUUUUGGACAUCCAUGAAGACACUGUUCACUGUGUGAAUAGAAUGAUGGAUCGGCUAGGCCUCUUCUUAUAUGCUUAAGGACCUCCAAAAAUCACACUUCCACAAUUCCCUGUCACUUUUAAUAAGAACAAAUCAUGCUGACAAUGUUUUAUAAAUCUUUCAGAAGUGAUAUCGCAUGAGAACAACUCUCAAUAACAGUGGGAAACUAGAAAUAUUGUAAAAAUUAUAACUGGGAUAAACAGGAGGAACUCCAAAUAUUAGUUCACACCCUUGCCCAUUAGAUAAUGUCCUGUUAUGAUUAAAAGCAGAGGAAGUAAAGCGUCUUACAGACUACACGGUUUAUUUUGUUAAUUGAAACCCGCUCUUUCUGAAGUCUGGAGUAUGGCUUUGCAAGUUUUUCUGCCCUACAUUUAUGGAAGGGUGAAGUUGUAACUUGUUACAUAACAUAAACUCAUAUAUACCAUUCAGUUUCAAAAGUUUGAAAAUACGAAAACUCCAAAAACAUUAAUUUAGAAAAAGGAGAGAGAUGUAAAACUCAUUUCUCUUGUUCAUAUCAAGAAGAUAUUUAUUAUUAUUAUUCAAGGGAUUUAAUUCCUAAAAAGAGAAUAGUAAAAUAACACCCAGUUCUAGUCUUCCCCAAACUGCUGUUCUUUGGAUGUGUAAAGCUGCCGUUUCUGUCUUCCGCAGCCAGCAUGGUUAUAGGUUCAGCACUCUGUCGUUUUUCAAAAUCUCUUUUCCUGGCUUGUAAUAAUUCCAUGGAUUUCAUUUACUUGUUGGUAUCAGCCUUUAGCUUCUGACUAGCUCUGUCUCCGUAAUUUUGGUAGCUCUGUCCAAAGGGCUUCAGUAAGUACAUGGCUCAUUUCUCCUUCCAAGCCCUUACUCCUCCCCCCCCCCCCCAAGAUACUGCUUCCACAUGCACAAAGCAGUCUGUCACAUAUUUGUGUGUGUGUGUGUGUGUGUGUAAGUGUUGGCGAUGAGAGACUGUUCAGUUAUCAUUUGAAAGAUUUGUGGCUUUCACAGAAGGCAGAGGCACCCCAUAUAAAUCAGGUAUUGAGAUCUGGGGCCUAAACUUUGACCUGGGCAUCAUCAAAUCACAGGUCUGAGGAAAGGAUUCAUUUUGGACCUUGGAUGACAUUCAAAGGAACAAGUUGUAGGGGAGGCUAGAGCAAUACUGUACAACUAAAAGCAACUGCAGACUUAAAGGCCAAUGGAUAUCUUGGAACAAGAGCCCUUGCCAAAAAAGGCAACCAUGGGAUAAGGUGUGUGUGUGUGUGUGUGAAAUUCAGCAAAGCAAUCCUGCUUCUCUCUCCCAUUUCUCCUCCUCCUCCUUCGUCGUCCUGCUUUGGGUGAGCCUUUUCUCUCGGUUGGGAGGGGUGGCACAAGAUGUGGGCGAUGGCGCAUGCGGGCGUGCACACGAACAGGAGAUAACUGUAUGUAAACCCUCCCCUCCAUCCCAUUUUUUUCUGGACUUGUGUCUGUCUGAACCCCUCCCUCUUUUGUGAACCCAACCGCAUCAUGCACACACACAAACCACAUCCCACUGCCCAUCUCCUCCCCGUCCCUCCAUCUGAUUGUCCAGCCCCCUCCUAUGUCCUGUCAUCUCCGGGGUCUAAUUAUUGCUCAGAAGAAGAAAAAAUACAAUCACUCAAAAGUU